AAGCUACUACCGCCACCGCCUUGUUUGUUUCCUCUUUCCUUCCUUCCUGCCUUCCAUCUCUCCUCUCCUGCCCUCUGUUUUCUCUUUCUCUUGUCUCCACGAAGGGAAAACAAAAGGUUUCAGAAAAGCGAAAAGCAGCAACUAGCUUAAUAAUAAGUAGCUCUGUGGCAGAACUGCAGAAGGUCAAGGAAGCAAAAGCUGAAAGAAAAUAAAAAUAUAGAAAGGAGAGAGAGAGAGAGAGAGAGAGAGAGAGAGAGAAGGAGAAGUGGGGGAAGUGUUCUUAUCAAGGAGCCUCUUUUAUUCAAUCCCAUCUCCCAAGUUUCUACCUUUCACAUUUUGUUUCUCUUCGCUUGGCUCUCUCCCCCUUUCUUCUCCGGGUGUCUCACUUCUACAGCCAAACCCUUCAAAAACUGUUCACUGUUUUUUCACUUUGCUUUCUUCUACUCUCUGUCUUCUCUCUUUGCCUUCUUUGGCUCCUAGCUAGUGGAGCUUAACUGUGUUUGUUUGGAAGUACGAUGAGUAAACAAGAUGUUAUGAAGAUGCAGACUUUUGUUCUGAGGGUGAAUAUUCAGUGUCACUGUGAUGGCUGCAAGUCCAGAAUCAAGAAGCUGCUGCAAAAAACUGAUGGGGUGUACACUACACAAGUGAACACAGAGCAAGGAAAGGUGACUGUGACUGGGAACGUCGACCCAAUGAAGCUCAUAAAGAAGCUUGAGAAGUCUGGUAAACAUGCUGAGAUAUGGGGAGGUGGAGGAGGAGGAGGAGGAGGAGGGAAAGGGUCAAACAAUUUCCAGAACAUGGUCAAUAACCAGUUCAAGAAUAUGCAGAUGGAGAGUGGGAAAGGAGGAAAAGGUGGCGGUGGAGGAAAAGGCGGCCAUCCACAACAACAGCAACAGCAACAACUACAGCAGCAGCACCACCAGAUCUUGCAGCAGCAGCAGUUCAAAGGGAUGCCUAAAGAUUUCAAGAUGCCACCACAGAGCAAGGACUUGAAGUCAGUGAAGUUCAACUUGCAAGGCCAGCAUCAGCAACAGCAGCAUCAUAAUAACAAGCAUGGCGGGUUUGAUGAUGACUUGGAUGAUGAUGAUGAUGACGAUUUUGAUGAUGAUAUGGAUGAUGAUUUUGACGACGAUGAUGAUGAGGAUGGCGAUUUUGAUGAUGAGGAUGAAGAGUUUGGCCAUGGUCAUGGUCAUGGUGGACAUGCUCAAGUUCCUAAUAAGAUGGUGAUGCCCAAUAAGAUGAUGGGUAUGAUGGGUAAUGGCCAUGGAGGACCAAUGGGGAUGAUGAACCUGGAUGUGUUGAAAGGAGGCGGUGGUGGGAAUGGGAAGAAAGGAGGCGGUGGUGGAGAGUUUGAGGUGGGAAUGGGGAAGAAAGGUGGUCACUUUGAGAAGGGGAAGGGGGACAGUGGAGGGAAGAAGGGUGGAGGAGAUAGUGAUGGGAAGAAUGGGAAGAAGAACAAAGGAGGUCAAAAACAGGAAGGGAGCAAAGACAAGGGUCAUAAGGGUGAGAAAAGCAAAAGCAAAGGAGGGAUGAUUGGUGGGUUGUUUGGGUUUGGAUGCAAGAGCACGAAAGAGAAAAAAUCCAUUGACAGGAAAGGUGUCAAUCUAUCUGAGUUUCAAGAUUUUGGGAGCACCAAGAAGAGCAAGGGCAAAAAUGGUGGUGGUGGAGUAGAUGGUACGAAGAAAGGUGCAGCUGCAAACCAUCAUCAAAGCAAUGGGGCCAAAAAAGGUGGAGGUAAACAGGAUGGGGCCCAUGACUUCAAACAAAUGAAAGGGUUUGGUGAGAUGGGUGGUGGCAAUAGUUAUGGUGGUGGUGCCAGGAACAUGGGCCAGCAAAUGGGGUCGAUGAGUAAUUAUGGUGGAGGAAUGGGGGGUAUGCCUAUGCAGCACCCUCAUCAUCCUGCUGCUGCAGCAGUGCAAGGAUUGCCUACUGCAAUGAAUAAUGGUGGUGGAGGGUACUAUAACACUUAUCAAGGAAUGGGGCAGCAGGGCAAUCCUUACGGUCAGGCUCCACACCAGCAUCAGCAGCAGCAACAGCAAUACAUGGAGAUGAUGAUGAAUCAACACAGGCAACAAGGGAAUGAGAUGUACCAUCCCAUGAUGUAUUCGAGGCCAUACCCUCCGGUGAGCUACAUGCCGCCGCCUCCGAUGCCUGGUCCUCAUGGAUCUGAACCUUACUCCAACUUCCUGAGUGAUGAGAAUGCCAAUAGUUGCAGUAUAAUGUGAAAAAAAUGAGUGUAGAGUGUUCAGUUAAGUGUAUGAUUUAUUAUGCUCUCUUUUAGUUUUAGGUUUUCUUCACUUGUUCUAUGUUAGGGGAUGAUGAUAUGCCUGAUCUCUACUGUAAUAGAAAGUAAGAAAGGCCUGCAAACAGCUUGGUAGGUUUUUAUGAAGGUUUGGCUGCUGAUUGUAUUUUGUGACUUGAGAAAGUUUGUAGAAAAUUUUGCGCAUUUGCAAGCCUACCUACUCCUUUGACUUGAUGAAAUAUAUAACAUUAUUAGGAUGGCUAACAUA